AUGGCACUGAACAGCGCAGCGCGGCGCCCAGGCAUCGCAGGGUGCUGUGCCAAAACAACUAUUGCACCCCUGGAUCGAGUCAAGAUUUUGCUGCAGGCUCAUAACCACCAUUACAAACAUCUAGGAGUGUUUUCUACAUUGCGUGCCGUCCCAAAAAAGGAGGGUUACCUUGGGCUAUAUAAAGGAAACGGGGCAAUGAUGAUUAGAAUCUUUCCAUAUGGUGCAAUUCAAUUUAUGGCAUUUGACCAGUAUAAAAAGGUAAUAAAGAAGCAACUUGGGAUUUCAGGACAUGUACAUCAAUUAAUGGCUGGAUCUAUGGCAGGUAUUACAGCAGUGAUUUGUACUUACCCUCUUGAUAUGGUUAGAGUUCGUCUGGCGUUCCAAGUAAAAGGGGAACACAAGUACAUGGGAAUUAUCCAUGCAUUCAAGAUGAUUUACACAAAGGAAGGUGGUUUUCCUGGGUUCUACAAAGGUCUGAUGCCAACUGUUGUAGGAAUGGCUCCAUAUGCGGGUUUUUCAUUUUUUACUUUUGGUACCUUAAAGAGCAUUGGACUUGCUCAAGCACCUAACUUACUUGGACGGCCUUCGUUAGAUAAUCCCGAUGUCUUGGUUUUGAAAACACAUGUAAAUCUGCUGUGUGGUGGCAUAGCUGGAGCAAUAGCUCAGACAAUAUCGUAUCCACUUGAUGUAACUCGUAGGCGAAUGCAGUUAGGAGCCGUUCUCCCAGACUCUGACAAGUGCCUUACAAUGGUGCAGACGCUGAAAUAUGUGUAUCAACAACAUGGAAUAAGAAGAGGAUUGUACCGUGGUUUAUCUCUAAAUUAUAUUCGCUGUAUUCCUUCACAGGCCGUGGCUUUUACCACAUAUGAACUUAUGAAACAAUUCUUGCACCUCAACUAAAAUAUUUUUCAAACUUUACUGUUAAGCUACACUAUCAGUCUUCAAACUAUAUUUGUGAGUAAAUUACUUGAAAUUUCAAGAAACCUCUCUGUUACUGUGGAACUGCUGUUGUCUGACAGCUUAGUUUUAUUUGCCAAAACAUGGUUGAUUUCCUGGAGUCAAACCAGGGGAUAGAUCAGUAUGAAUAGUAGUUAGCUAUAAACUUUUUCUUGCACUUGAUCUUUUAAGCUUCCUUAGGUUAAUAUUAGGAAUUUCACAGUUUUACAAUUAUGCCCAUAUUUUAUAUGGGUUUCGAGUUGUUAGUUAUUUAGCAUUAUCACCAUUCCAGGAAUUAUACUCAUGGUUAUAUU